UAAAAAAUUAAUGUCUUCAGGAGGAAAAGGAAAAGCAGGAAAGGGAGGAAAAGCAGCUGGUGCUCAUAAAUCAGUAUCGAGAUCACAUAAAGCUGGUUUAUAAUUUCCAGUUGGAAGAGUUUCAAGAUAUUUAAAAUAAGGAAGAUAUACAGAAAGAGUAGGUGCUGGUGCUCCAGUAUAUUUAUCAGCUGUUCUUGAAUAUUUGGCUGCUGAAGUUUUAGAACUUGCUGGAAAUGCCGCCAAAGAUAACAAAAAAAAUAGAAUAAAUCCUAGACAUCUUCUCUUAGCAAUUAGAAAUGAUGAUGAAUUAAAUAAAUUAAUGGUCAAUACAACUAUUGCUGAUGGAGGAGUCGUACCAAACAUUCAUGCUUAUUUAUAUUCAGCUAAAGAAGAUCUAAGUCAAGCUGUUUGAUUUAAAUUUAUUAAUCAAAUUAUUAAUA